GGUUCCCGGUGUCGGAUCGAGGGUGAAGGGUUCUUUUUCUUCUCUUUGCUUCGCUGUUGGAAUUCCAGAAUGACUUCUACCACUGACACUGUUCAGAAUGAUCAAAGCAUGUCUGCUGAUCGAUAUACUGCAGAGGAUAAGGAAUAUCAAAAGGAUCUCCAGUGUUCUGCCAGUCCACCUCCUAAGGUUGAAGACUGGAUGAACAGAGAACCAAGUGUGCCUUCUGUGUCUGAGAUCCUCCAGAAUUAUGAAAGUAAGUUUGCACAUCGAUACACUUCAGCAGAUGAGGAGUAUCAGAAGUAUGUUCAACGCCCGGCUGAUCCACCUCCUUUGAUAGAAGACUGGCAGAACAGAUCGGGUGGCAACCAGCGAAACAGAGAUCGAUUUAGAGACAGCAGGCACUUCCGAGGCAGGGGACACAGAUACGACCAGCCAGGAGGCCGCAGAUCUGAUCGUUCGCACGAGAAAGCCUGGGGCACCAACUAUCAGCAGCCUCAACACGGACACCCUUCCUUCCCUCAACAUGGCUGGCCACAGCGUGGCUAUGGAUCUCAUUCCCAGGGGCUGCCUUACGACCGCUACUAGCACACUAGCUGGCAUUGGCAUUUCAGUAUAACUGUGAGCAGUUGCAGGGUUCCAACGGGAAUGCUUGCUUUACUCCGUUUCCAACGUUCAUACAUCAUGUAGAAAUCUUUAUGUAUUUAUAUGCAAUAUGUUUAACCCAGGAGACAGAGACAGUGACACUGAAGUGCAACAGCUAAACUGAGUUUGUUACUCCACUGUUUUUUAUCUUGACACAUAAAAUUUGCGAAAAAGGAACUGGGGCUGUCAGGAGGACCUGACUUUUGCCUAGGGGAGCUGAUCUUCUGAGUCCCGACUCACAGAGUUUUGUUACUAAUGAGGAACACAGCGAUGAGUAUCAGUAAUAUCUCAUGAUAGGGAAAAGCACCAGUUGCACUUUUGGUUUUAUUUUGUUUAUGCUCUGGCUUAUUACUGUGUUUAUCUGUGCAGGGCAAUUACCCUUCCAGUUUAAUUUGCAAACAAUUAAGCUAAAAUGUCACAUAAACAGGAAGAUAAUUGUAAAACAUGCUGCAUUUAAGCAUGGUUUUGUUUUUGUAUUAUAGCAAACCUUGUUAUAAUUAAAUAGCAUCCCCUUA